AUUUCACUGAAUUUCAAUUGAUCCAGUUAAAAGAGACAGAGACUAAUUAAAUCUCCAUAAUCUGAACUCCAAUCUCCAUAAUCGCCGCUUGGCAAACAUCCUUUAAACCCCAAAACCUAAAAAGCCGAUAGAAGGGAGAGAAAAUGGCGUCCAGCGGUGGCGGAGGAGCAGGUGGUUCAUCCUCGCCCUCACCAAAGAUAUUGUUAGCAAAGCCAGGUCUUGUCACCGGAAACCCUUCCGCCGCCGGAAAAUUCAUCCGCGGUGGUGGAGGUGAAGAUGAAUCAACAUUGUCAGCAGCUUCAAUUCGAUCUCGUCUUCCUCCCGUUGGGUCGCUCAAUCUCCUCUCAGAUUCCUGGGACUUUCACUUUGAUCGUUUUCUUCCAUUUUUGACAGAUAAUACUGAAUUCACUGUAAUUGGAGUAAUUGGGUCUCCUGGAGUUGGCAAAUCCACCAUUAUGAACGAGAUUUAUGGGUUUGAUCCUACUUCUCCUGGGAUGCUACCUCCUUUUGCAAUUCAGACUGAGGAAACUCGAGCGAACGCCAGACAUUGUACUAUUGGCAUUGAACCCCGGAUUUCUUCAGAGCGUUUCAUACUACUAGAUACUCAGCCUGUGUUUAGUCCAUCAGUUUUGGCUGAAAUGACAAGACCUGAUGGCUCAUCCACAGUUCCUGUUUUAGGUGGCGAAACUCUAUCGUCUGAAUUGGCUCAUGAACUACUGAAUAUCCAGCUUGGCGUCCUGCUUUCUUCUGUUUGUCAUGUUUUGCUGGUGGUAUCAGAAGGAGUUCAUGAAGCUAACUUGUGGCGCUUGAUGUCAACGGUGGACUUGUUGAAACAUAGCUUGCCCGAUCCUUCAUCAGUAACGUCACACUUACAAAGUUCAAGCUUGGGCACGGAUAAGGAUAACAAGGACAAGUUUCAAGAAGGCGGAGAAGAAUAUAUAGCUACACCUGUUUUCAUACAUACCAAGUUACGAGAUGAAGAUCUUUCACCACAGAGUUGUGAGCAAAUGAAGAAGGUUCUUGCACAAUAUUUUCAUUCAUCAUCAUUCACAAGACCAAUAACAAAUGAGCAUGUGUCUUUCCCAAAAUCUCACGAUGCUCAGGAUUCUGGCAUUGACCCUAAACUGCUCGACUUGUUCUUGGUGCCCAGAAAAAAAGAUAACCCAUUGGAAUUUCGCUAUGAAAGCUGUGAUUCAAUGUUGUGGAGAAUUCGGGAUCACAUUUUGUCUAUGGCCCGUCCAUCAUUCUCAAGAACUGUAUCUGAACGCGACUGGCUGAAAAACACUGCAAAGAUUUGGGAGUUGGUGAAGAAUUCUCCCACUAUUGCAGAUUACUGCAGAACUCUACAAAGUUCAGGUUUAUUUAGGAGAUAGCUCUUCUUUGAGUACGUACUUUAAUGGUUUCAUAAGAAUCAGGGGAUUGGGUAUUUGGGUGACGGGUGUGGAGACCUUGUUUAUUAUGUCUCCAUCCUCACUAGAAAUAGGAAACUGGCAAUGAUUAGAGUGAUAGACUGGGGAGUUUGCCUCUGCUUGUACUUUGCAACAAUCAGAGAAAGAUUAUUGAUUUUGCUGCUUGCGUUUUCCUGGCUAA